CCUCCAUGCUGGUCCUCUGACUGAUAAUGCUGUCCUGGAAUGUGGAGAGAAUAAGGGAGGGUUGGGGAGCUGCUCUCUGGCCCUGCGGUAAAGCCAGUCCGAUGAACGUAGGGUGCAGGAAACAAUGGGAUAAGCGACUUUCCCUUUUUGAGCCUCAGUUUCUUUUUCCUGUGACACAGGUGUGAGGGGGUCCUGGCUUAGGUUUCCCACAGUCCACCCCACCUGGAUGUCUCUGGGAAAUGAGUUUCCAGGCCCAAGCUCUAUCUGCGCAGUUUCUACUUCUCUGGGAAAUUGCUUCCCCCUCAGUAGACUAUCCCUUUAAGGUUGGGCGGGGCCUGUUGGACAGUGGCCCGUGAGGAAGCACUGAAGCGGGGCCACUAGAGUCCUUGAGGUAGUUAGUGUCGAUCCAAGGUCUAGGAGACAGUGGGUGGGUGGCUUCCCAGUGGGAUCCCCAGCUGCUGGGAGGGGUGACAAGGGGGGAAGGAAGAACCUUACUGAGCCCUGGGCUCAAUCUUACUGGGGACCUCAAGGAGCGGAUGAAGUGCCCAGGGUGCAGCUGUGGAUAGCUGCCAGCGCGUCCCCAGAUGCUUGCUGCCUGCAGAGCUCAGCCACAGGCCUUCUAAUGUGCUGGGCUCUCGCCUAGACCAGUCUAAUGACUGCGUGUGAGACAUGCGUCAGAGGCCGGGCAGCCUCCACUGUGCAUUACUGCAUGACGGUUGGUGGCACAGUGGUCCUGGUGGUUGGGACACUCUGCUUUGCGUGGUGGAGCGAAGGUAACACAGCUGUCCAGCCUGGCUCACUGGCCCCCACCAUGGAACAGCCAUUGCCUGAGACGCCCCUGACUUGGCUCAAGUCUUUCAGCUUCCUCUGCUGUAGCAUGGGUGGGGUGCUUCUGUUCUUUGGCCUGCUUUGGUCCAUCCAGGAAAGCACAAAGAAGUCAAGCCAGGGGGACCUCUACCGAUUCUCCAGAGACCUGUAUCACCUUGCUGUGGAGUCCCCAGAGAAGGAGGGCUACAGGCCUCCUAAGGAGACUGCCAUUCCCACUUAUGAGGAGACCAUGUACUGUCCACUGGCUGAAGGUCCCCUGCAAUGCCCCGUGCAAGCUGAAGAAGAUCUCCAGUGCCAUGCUCCAGAGGAUGCCCGGCUGGGGUCAACAUCCUUCUCACCCCCACCCAGCUACGAGAGCAUCAUCCUUGCUCACGGGGCUGUUUCUGGAUCGAGUGCUGCGAGCUCCAGCCCAGGUUGAGCUCAGGCUGCGGGAGAGUUACAGAUCUCCAGCAGGCUGUGAAAAUGUUCCCUAACCAGAGAGCUUUGCUUGGGGCCUCCACCAAUACUGGUUCACAGCAGGAACUCAACAAGAGGUUUAUUGCUGGGUGCUGUCUAUGCAUCCGUUGCUGUGUGAGCACUAGUUGGCUUUAAAUAAACCCCACUUGAUUAUGUCUCA